AUGCAGAAGUCGGGAAACACGGAGCAAAAGAGUGGGCGGACCGAAGCGGAGAAGGCGAAAAUGCUCAAAAAGAAAACUCCAGAAGAACUUGCCGCGCUGGCAAACAAGAAACAGUUCUCAACAGAAUCAAUUGAUGAGCCAUGUCCAGUUGCUCGACGUCCCAGUGAAUUAUCAAUGGACCCGCUGAAGAAUCAAUUGAAGGCUGUCCCGAUGGUCCAGGCAUUCAACUCGGCUGAAAAUCAUUUCAUUGGAGCAAAGGAUAAGGAGGAGCAAGCGAAGAAAUGA